AUGGUCAGGGAGUAUGCGCUGCAACAGGAGUCCUCUCAGGACGAGGUCAGUGACCCGCGUCUCGAACCCCACUCACAGGUCACUUACCCCUGCCUUCCAUUUCAGGAGCAGUUCGUUGUGAACAUCAUAAUCGAGCAAAUGAUUUGCGACUCCGACCCCGACCUCGGAAUGGCCACUCAGUUGUCCGGAAUCGUCAAACUCCUCGUCGACCCCGAGAACAUGUUGGCCGCCACUGUCGUCAACGUGAGUCCAUUUCCCAACCGGCCGACCGCUCACUCUCUCUCUCCGCAGAAGUCGGAAAAGACGGAUUUCCUCAACUACUUCUACAAGCACUGCAUGCAUGUGCUCAUCGCCCCUGUGCUCGCCUCCACGUGCGACGACAAGGUGGUGGCGCGCCUGUCCUCCCAACAGAGCGGACAGUCAGCGCAACUGCUGUCCAUCAUUCUGGAACUGCUGGCCUUCUGUGUGGAGCAUCACGCCUAUCACAUCCGCAACUACAUCCUCCACCGCGAACUCCUGCGCCGCAUCCUCCUCCUCAUCCACUCCAGACACACAUUCCUCGUUCUCACCGCUCUGCGAUUUCUGCGCAAACUCAUUGGCCUCAAAGACGAGUUCUACAACCGCCACAUCAUUCACGGCAAUCUGAUGGCGCCGGUAGUCGAGCGUCUGCUGCAAAACAACGGCCGCUACAACCUCUUGGACUCCGCGGUCGUCGAGCUCUUUGAGUUCAUUCGCGCCGAAGAAAUCAAAAGCCUUUGCGUUUACAUAAUGGAGAAGUUCUGGAAGCAGUUGGAAGCCAUUGAUUACGUCCGCACUUUCAAAGCGCUGCACUUGCAGUACGAACAGCACCAGGACAGGCUCAAGGACAAACAGAUCGACACGAACUCCGUUCUGCUGUCGCGGCGCUUCCGUCGCGAUCCGCGCGAUCUGGACGACGAGGAGGAGAUGUGGUUCAACAACGACGAGGAGGACAUCGACGACUGCGACGCCUCUCUCGCCGACUCCUUGAACUACAAGUUGGAGGCCGAGUACGACCAGUUCAACAAGAAGGCGCUCGAACGCAAAAACCUCGGCCUCUCCUAUCAGGACAUCGACUCCGUGAAGAAAUCAUACGAAUUAGACAAUAGUUCGACAAAAAGCACAUUACGUCCAUCGACCCCCCGGAGGGCGCCCACCACUACACCCACAUCUCAGUCAUCGCCCACUGACAUCACGUCUUCGCGAAAAGGUUUAGUCGAUUACGACAUUCAACCGGAUGAGGACUCGGACGAAGAAUCCGGUGACGACUCGGACUCGGACUCCGAGCAUAUAUCAGCCAAACGCCAGCGACUGUCCAACUCUUAGUUCUUAUAUUAUUAUAAUUAUUAUAAAUAUUAAACUUUUUUUGUUUUUCAAUAAUAUUUCGUAUUUAGACUACAAUUAUGUAAACAAAGAAGAAAUUCGACAAAAAAUAAUUCAAUUCUUAUAUAAAUAUUGCAAAAAAUACAUAAGAAAUCAUAAAAAGAUUAAAAAGUUUUCUAAAGAGAGAUUCGGUUCUGUUUUCUCGCAAUUAUUAGGGAUUUCAGUGUUUUAUACAUUGAAUACAAAGUUUUCGACGAAAUACUUGUCGGAAAAGCGAUGAAUAUUUAUAUUAUAUGUAAUUAAU